AUGUUCGAUAAUGAAGAAUGGAUAGAUUUUGAGGCUGAAGAAGAAAAUGAAAAUGAAGAUGGCGAGUUUAUAACGAGAAAUGGGCAACAAUCAAGCCAACCGCCUCAAGUUGAUCUACAAUUUCAAAACGAUCUUAGGAAAGUAAUUCUUGGAAUUCAAAAUGAUACAUCCAUUAAACCAGAGGAGAAAGCUCAUAUAAUUCAAGAUUUAAUGACUUCUAAAUGGAGACAGUUUGAAAAGAAGCCGGCCUCAAACACUAGUAAUAAUAGUGAACCAACUGAAGAAGAUCUCAAACAGACUUAUAAUGAAAGCUCUCAAACAUUAGGAUGCAAGCAUUAUCGCAGAGGAGCAAAAUUGCAAUCGAAUUGCUGUAACCGAUGGUUCACUUGUAGAUUUUGUCAUGAUGAUGCUUGUGAUCAUCAAAUUGACAGGCAUGCAACCAAAAAUAUGAUGUGUAUGUACUGUCAAACUAUUCAACCAGUCAAUAAAUCUUGCAACAAAUGCGAACGCGAAUUAGCCAGAUAUUACUGUGACGAAUGUAAAUUCUGGGAUGAUCAACCGAAUAAACAAAUAUAUCAUUGUGAUUCUUGCAAAAUUUGUCGCGUUGGGCGAGGUUUAGGAAUUGAUUACUUUCAUUGUGAUGUUUGUGAUUGUUGCUUACAAAUCAAUUUAAGGGAUUCUCACCGAUGCAUUGAGAAAAAUUUGGAGCGUGACUGUGUUAUUUGCGGUGAAUAUUUGUUUACCUCGAUAUCUCAAGCUAUUUUUAUGCCUUGUGGACAUAGUAUGCAUAGCAAUUGCUACAACGAAUAUGUUACAACAGCAUAUCAAUGUCCAACAUGUUGGAAAUCUAUUGGAAAUAUGGACCCUUAUUUCCGAAGGAUUGAUGCAAUCGUUGCCCAACAGAAAAUGCCACCAGAAUAUGACAAUUUUUUCGCACAUAUAUUAUGUAAUGAUUGUGAAAAACGUAGUACUGUAAAAUAUCAUUUCUUAUAUCAUAAAUGUCCAUACUGUCAAGGUUAUAAUACUAAAGUAUUGGAAACAAAAGAAAAAUUACCAUCUGAAGAAGAAUUGUCUGAAGAAGAAAUUUCUCGUUCUUCAAGUAAUAAUAAUAAUUCUGCUGUUGGAUCAUCAUCCAGCAAUACUGGUGCUAUUUCUAAUAAUAAUAAUAGCGUUGGUAGUAGUGUUGUUGGUAUUAUUAAUACGACUAUAAAUGGAGGUGGAGUGAGCGGUUCUGGUGUCCAAGUUAGACAAUCUAGAGUUAUGGAAGUUACUGCUAUGAUGCAAGGAGAAGAAGGUCCCCCUGAUGAUGGCAAUGCUACUGAACACAGAACAAGGAAUCCUUUGAAUUCUUUAUCCAAUCAUUAUAUAAAUUAA